AUAUUCAAAAAAAUAAAAUAAAAUUCUAUCUUUUUAACAAGAUAAAUUGGAGUUACCAGUUAUUGUGAAAAAAAAAAAACAUUUCAAGACUGUGGACGCACAUUGCUGGAAAAGGCUUAGCAACAGCAACUUCUAAAACAUUGUCGAUAGUUUCAUUUAAUAUACAUAUCUGGUGUUUUGAUCUUCUCAAUUGUUGUCAUUGAUGUUGUUUACAUUAUCGUUGCGAAUUUCAGUUAAGAUGUCCAUCCGCCAUUUCAGUAAAUCAACAUACAGAGUUUAUUAAAAUUGUAAUUGCAAUUGUGUGUUCUUUCUAAUGCAUACAAGAGUUUCUGUUUAUUCUAAAAAUAUCGUUUUACAACAAUGUCCUUAUAUCUAUGCAUGUGUGUACAUAUGUACAUACAUUUGUGUAUUUAUGCAUGUAUGGCUGCAUUUUCUGCGGCUGAACAUCUUGUUUGUACAAUAUGAUGGAAUUUUAUACUUUAGCAUUUGAGCAUGUGUAAUUGGAAGCUUAAUUUGCAAAUAUAUGUAUACAAAAUGCGGCACUUACAUAUGUGCUUCUUAUGUAUGACAGCACUAUUAACGCUCUUUUACAUAUUCAACGAGGGACCUCGUUGGGAUUAUUUAGAGCCUUUAAAGCAGACUAAUAAAAUAAAUAAUGAAAAGGGAAUAAUUCAUAUUGUGGUUGUUACCUGCGGUCAGCGAUCUCAAGAAACUCUAAUUAUGAUAAAGUCAGCUAUACUUUUCAAUUAUUAUCAGGAAUAUCUUAGGUUCAUAAUUUUCACCGAGGAUCCGUUAACUGAUACCCUUAAGGAAAAAUUGUCAGACUGGAGUGAGAUUGUACCACAAACGUUUGACUUCCAGCUUUUACCCUUAAAGUUUCCAAACCAAAGCGAGUCGGAAUGGAAAACGCUUUUCAAACCAUGUGCUGCUCAACGACUAUUUUUGCCGUUGUUACUGACAGAGGUUGACUCCCUACUAUAUGUUGAUACCGAUAUUUUAUUCUUAUCGCCGGUUACUGAUAUAUGGAAAUUUUUUGGAAAGUUUAAUGAGAGUCAAAUUGCUGCACUUGCCCCAGAGCAUGAAAAUGAAAACAUUGGAUGGUACAAUCGUUUUGCCCGACAUCCAUUUUAUGGUCGACUUGGAGUGAACUCUGGAGUUAUGUUAAUGAACCUCACAAGAAUGCGAAAUUUCAAUUGGGAACAACAUGUCCUGCCUAUAUAUAAAGAGUACAAACUACGUAUUACCUGGGGCGACCAAGAUAUUAUUAAUAUCCUAUUUUAUUAUCAUCCUGAUAAGCUACAUAUAAUGCCAUGUGAAUAUAACUAUCGCCCAGAUCACUGUAUGUAUAUGAGUAUUUGUAAUACUUCUCACUCUGGAAUCAAACUAUUACAUGGUAAUAGAGGAUAUUUUCAUUUGAAUAAGCAACCAUUAUUUAAAAUAAUUUACAGUGCUAUUGAAAGUUAUCAAUUAGGUACUAACGUAUACACAAAUUUUCUUAUGCCUCUACGUGCAUCACUGAGCGGCCAAGCUGUUAAUGAAUCCACUUGUGGGAAAAUUGCAAGAGAUUCACUUUUGGUGGCCAAUUUUAUUUUUGAAAAUUAAUUUUAAAUAUUUUAAUCGUGAUUAAAUUUAUAACAAGUAAUAAUCUAUACACAUAUAGGAAAUUGUUGUCUUGAUUUAUAAUUGGCUUAUAAUGUACAUUUGCUCCCUUUUACCUUGCGUUUGUUGUAGCCAGUGUUUCCUUUUUGCAGACUGCAAACUCAGAUGUAUAAAAAACUCAAUUAGUAUAUGUAAGUCAUAUUUAUCCGAAGUGCAGUGUGCCGUCCAUAUUGGUAGAUGAUAAUGCUCUUAUUUGUUUUAGGCGCUGCGUAAACAAACUGCUUAUUUU